GAUUUUCAGUUCUCAUCGACCCUGUGUAGACAAAACUUCGUAAACAUAAGAGAGCGCGAUUUGACAUUAUUCAAAUAUUUUUAGAAGAAAAAUAUUUUUCACCCUGGAAACAUCUCCGAUAUUUAGGGAAUACGCCGGUAUUAUUUUUAUCGGCGUCGAUUAUUGCACUCGCAAUAGCCCGAGUCGACGGAGGUGUCGGGUACAAUGGCUGUACAACUCCUGCAGGAGGGAUAUAGGAAAUUUGAGGAAGUGAAGAAGAGUACUUUAGCUGGUGCAAUGAUGGCGGGGGCAUUUGCCAUUGUGGCAGUCCUAUGGAUUUUACUGCAAACCAUAGGAAUCUUAGGACAUCCUCAGGCGAUACACGAUGAGAGGAUCUCUCUGUAUUUUCAACCGCAUGGAUUUGGUGACUCGAAGAUAAACCGGCCUUUCCUCGAUUCCGAGGAGAUUGAGUUCUCAAAUCUUCCAGCAGUGAGUGAACAUGCUCUGAAUAAUUCCAUUAAUUAUGGAAUUACACAGUCAAAACGAAUCGCUAGAUUAGAAAAAAAUCUAGUCAAUGCUGGGAUUGGAUUGACUGAUGAUACACCCACCCAUUCCCACUAUUUAUAUGCGUCUCCGAGUGAAGAUGCACUUGAUCUGCAAUUAGAGGCGGAUGUUGUUGCAAAGGCUUCAAUGUAUCUUCUUCAGCAUUUUUGUCAAAGAUUUGGCCGAAGUAACGAAGCCUGUGCUAGUUUCGUCUCGACAUUUAAGCUACAGGGCACGAGUAUUGGAGAAUCAUGUGCUGCUAAACAAAUAGUACCUUGUCGAGCCAAUGCUCGUUAUCGCUCCAUUGAUGGAUCUUGCAAUAAUCUUGAGAAUCCACGAUGGGGUAGUGCACUGACUGCCUACUCGAGAAUUCUAUUUCCCUCCUAUGCAGACGGAAUUGAAAGCCCACGGAGAGCUUCGCAGAAGCCCAAUUCAUUACCAGGAGCCAGAGUUAUCAGCACGAGUCUGACGAGGAGUGCUGAUCAAUUCGACGUUUCCAGGACACUCGCUGUCAUGCAGUGGGGACAAUUCAUUGCUAAUGAUAUGGCUCAUACUGUUGUACGGAAAAUGGUUACAACGAAGGAGCCCAUUUCCUGCUGCACGUCAGAUGGAAACUUCCUCGCCCCUCGUCAUAUACAUCCACAUUGUGCAUAUAUUCCAGUGCCUGAAAAAGAUCCUGUCUAUGGACAGCAACAACAGCGUUGCAUGAAUUACGUACGAUCGUUGCCGGUUGUUAAAACUGAUUGUACUUUCGGACCCAUCCAACAGAUGAACCAAGUAACACACUUCUUGGAUGGUUCAACAAUCUACGGAGCUGAUGAUGCGAGAGCCGAAGAAUUGAGAACAUUCCAAGGUGGAAAAUUACAUGUGGAUGAUCAUGAGGGGCUUUCCUACUUACCAAAGGCUGAUCACAAUACGUCUGUUGAUGUUUGUGAUGAUCCUGAUAAUUGUUAUAAAGCAGGGGACGAUCGAGUGAAUUUCGAACCUUCUUUGGCCGUAAUGCACACAAUUUGGGUGCGAGAGCAUAACAGAAUAGCAGAGAAGCUCUCGAAAAUGAAUCCAACGUGGUCAGACGAGAAAUUGUAUCAAGAAAGUAGACAAAUAGUUAUCGCUGAAAUUCAGCACAUCACCUAUGAAGAGUGGCUUUCAACUAUUCUGGGAAAGACAUACGCACGUGUCCUGGGCUUUGUUUCGAAUGCUGAGAACGGUCGAAUAAAUUACAAUCAGUACGAGGAUCCCGCUGUAAGCAACGAAGCCGCGACAGCUGUUCUGAGAUUCCUCUAUUCAUUGAAACGAGGCGAGUUGAGUAUAACCGAUGAUCAGAGGCGUAACAAUGGAUCACUGAAAUUAUCCGAGCAUUUCUACAAACCAAGAGUCAUCGAGAAUGAAGGAACUUUUGAUGGUCUUCUUCGUGGUUUGACUAGUCAGACUUGUGGCAAGAUGGAUAUGAAUUUUGUUGCUGAUGUGACUCAAAGUCUCUUCAGAACAAAUAAAAAUGGAUUGGGCCUCGACGUUAUCAGCUUAGACAUUCAGCGUGGUCGUGAUCAUGGUCUUCCUGGUUAUAAUCACUAUCGCAAGUACUGUGGACUUCCUUCAGCAACAACUUUCGAUGAUUUCCUUGAUCAAAUUCCACGAGAGAUUGUAAAGAAAUUACAAGGGCUCUAUAACCACCCCCACGACGUUGACCUAAUCGUUGGUGGUAUGGUGGAGAGGCCUGCCGACGACAGUAUUUUGGGGCCAACAUUCCGAUGUUUAUUAGCUGAACAAUUUGCCAGAACUCGAUGGACUGAUCGUUAUUUCUAUGAUUCCAUGGCCCAACCCCAUCCAUUCACAAACGAACAAUUAACUCAAAUACGUCGGACGACGUUGGCCCGAGUUAUCUGUGACAAUGGCAAUCACAUAUCUAGAAUGCAGCCUAAUGCAUUUUUACGUAUUCAAGGAGGAAAUGAAAUGGCUUCGUGCACUGAUUUUGAAGCAAUUCCAAGUGUCGAUCUGUUUGCAUUUGCUGAAAAAGAUAAGGCAUAUCGCUGAGCGAUUUUUCUUUCAUGUUUAUGUACCUGGCGGAUGAAUAUCCAGACUUGGUUUCAGGACCGAGACCAGGAUAGUGAUUAAGGGGCGAUAAUACCACAUCAAAUGAUCAUUGGGCGUUCAGAAUAUUGAUGAAUAGCUCAGUGACAAUGGCUUAUAAUUAUGUAAUGUUGAUAGUUUCUAUGUAAUUUGAGGCAGGAAAACGAUCUGUGCAGUGGUGAAUGAUACAAACGAUAAAUAAUUAUUUAAAGAUUCUGUUUGAGGAAAGAGUUCAACGGGGAUUGAAUUUUUGCAGAUUAAAAAAUGACUCAUUGUUCCAAUUUUUUAAACGAUUUAUCCAAUAGACUGUGUAUCAUCUAACUGACGACAUUAGGUACAACACUUACUAUUUAAGACAUAGAUUAGCUUUAUAAUGAUACUCAUUGAAAUACACAUUUUUUUAUGAAAGAAA